CCACACCCGCGGGGGCGGGGGUGAUGCGAGCGGUGGGCUCCCUGUGUGCAUCAGUCUGAGCCGGGCGGCCGGAGGAGAGAGGUCGGCUGCAGAUCUGUCACUGGAGCGGAGAGUGUACCCGGCGCCCCUGUUGUGCGGACGCGGCAUCGCGGAGGACCGGGGAGAGCCCGGGCAGUGGUCGCUACGGGAUAUCCUGACUGGGGGAGGACAGUUAUAAAACGGACCCUACAUGGAGCCGUGAGGAGUCCCCGGGAUCAGCGGAGUCAAGGGGGGAUUACAAGCAUCGCUGCGGACCUAAGGGAUGGGAAUCCUGGCGGAUACCUGACGGAGCUUUGGGCGGGUUCGGUGCUUGGACGGGAAAAGUUCGGAUACUCCGGGACAGGCUCGGUAACCCGGCGGGGAUUGGUAUGGAGGGUGUCCGGCGGUGGCUCGGGCUCCUGCUCGCCCUGUGCCGGGUGUCUGCGGUGCUCAGCAAGAUCAUGGAGCCGGUGACCUGGAACUCGCAGAACCCGCGAUUUCUAUCUGGAAAGGGCUUGGUUAUAUACCCGGAAAUAGGAGAUCGUUUGGACAUUAUCUGCCCCAGGGGGGAGCCAUCGCGGCCUUAUGAGUAUUACAAGCUGUACAUGGUGCGCAGGGAUCAGGCAGAGUUCUGCAGUACAGUUAUGGACCCCAACGUCUUGGUGACCUGCAACCAGCCAGACAAAGAAUUUCGCUUCACCAUAAAGUUCCAGGAGUUCAGCCCAAACUAUAUGGGCCUUGAGUUCAAAAAGAAACAGGACUAUUACAUUACAUCUACAUCCAAUGGGACCCUACAGGGUCUUGAGAACAGAGAAGGAGGAGUAUGUCAGACACGAUCUAUGAAGAUAAUCAUGAAGGUCGAACAAGACCCUAAUGCAGUAGUACCAGAACAUGUUACUACUAGUCGGCCGAGUAAAGAUGCUGAUAAUACUGGAAAACUAGCAACAGUUGGAACAUGGCACAAUUUUGGGGAAGGAGAAGACCAUGGAAAGCCAGAUACUGUGAACCAGGCGGAUAAACCCUCCCCUGGAGGGGGGGUUGACAGUUUCUUCAGCUCGAAGGUUGCUGUUUUUGCAGCAAUUGGUGCUGGAUGUGUCAUCUUUAUUCUCAUCAUAAUCUUCCUGAUUGUCUUGCUUAUCAAGAUCCGAAAACGCCACCGCAAGCACACACAGCAACGGGCAACGGCGCUGUCCCUCAGCACCUUGGCCAGUCCCAAGUGCAGUGGAAAUGCUGGCACUGAGCCAAGUGACAUCAUCAUCCCGCUGCGGACUACAGAGAACAAUUACUGCCCUCACUACGAGAAGGUGAGCGGUGACUAUGGACACCCUGUGUACAUUGUGCAAGAGAUGCCACCUCAGAGCCCUGCCAACAUUUACUACAAGGUCUGAAACCAUCACAACUUACCUUGCUCCCUAUCAGUGGGAUGGCUUAUCAAGCACCAGGAGCACAGGCCAAAGGUCACUCUGCAUUAAGGGACUCUGGGAGACGGAGCAAUAAGACUAACUUUCCCUAUGUUAGGUAUUUUUAUAUAGUUUGCCCCAUUAUUCUGCUCUUUCCUGUCCAGGGGAGGGUGGUUUGGAUCUGCUCCUGUAUGCACUUUGCACACAUGCAGUAGUCAUCCCUUACAAGAUAUGUGAGGGCAGUCUGAACGGUCUUCCACGAUUCAUCUUGUGGAGGCGCAAUGAUGCAAGCAGUGUCGAUGGCUGUGAUAUAAUUCUUCAGCAAAGCGAUGUCCAGUACUAUGUUGGCAGAGUGGCAGGCAUAGGUUCAGCAGCCUAUGUUGGGAUGGAUGCCCUGAUUUUGUAUGCGUUGUGCCAGAAUAUCAGUGACCCUGUCAUGAGCUUGUGCUGAUGGGUUAUAGGGCACGUAGAGAACACAGAUCCUACCUUCUGUGUUUGGCUUCUGGGUGGCGCCAUGUUUGACCAAUGAAAACCCACCUUGGCUCCAUGAAGGUCUUGUGGUAUCUUAAUGCGUUUCUGAACAGCUGUAGACAAAGAGCCAGUGCGCUAUAUGCGUUCAUCCACUCAUGCACACUACCUGUGCACUGGUACAUAGCACACAUGCUACCUGUGUACGCAUAUGCACUUAAUUGCACACUCCUUCCAGUAGGCUGCAUCUCCCAAAUCCUGCCCAUUGGUUCCAUUAUGAUGAAGUUAGUGGAGUUGAUGGACAUCAUGAGUGUUGAAAGUAUCACACAGUUGUGUCAGAAUUGUAUAUGUCCUGAAUCCUGUUGGAGGCAAUCAGCGUACACUGCCCAACAGGUAUUCAGGAUUCUUCAUAAUCGCUGUGACCUAUACACCGGAGCCAUGCCCCGCGUGGGCUGUACUGAGCAUAGCCUGUGCUGGUACUCUUCUUUGGGAAGGGUUAUUUUGGUGAGAAGUAAGAGUUUAAAUGUGACCCUUGCAAAGUUCUAUAUUGAGGUGGGCAACAAUGACUAAUGAUGUGGGAUUUUGUUCUGAAUCAUUACAGUAAUAUUUCCACGUUAUCAUUUGCGAUUUUAUCACUGGUGACUUUUCAUAGUUUAUCCAGCAUAGUUUUUGAAAGGCAACUUAUUGGCAAUCUGCAGAAAUAGAGCAUCGUCCUUCUGUUCUCUUAGGAACGUGCCCCGUGCAGUGACUCAGUAUUCAGAGCAUCUUGUUACUGAUAAGAUGGGGACCUUGUGUGUUGACGGCAAUCUAAUCUAACUAACGCUACAUUGCUGUCUCAGAGACAACGUCUCUUACCACUUACAGAGCAAGCCUACAUGGAGCCAGAUUUAUACUUCAUGUGAAAAUAAUUUACAGGUUAAAAGCUGCCUCAGUAAAUUUAGUUAAUCACAUAACCGUGUGCAGCAAUUUGCUCAGUGACUGUGCCAACUUAGUGGAAACAAUUGGCACAGUGCUGGGUAAAGAUUUAAGAUGCAUAGUUACAAACCAUUCAUAAACUGACCUUUUGUAGUGCACUUUCAUUGUGCCCACUGCAUUGUGUUUGAUCAACAAUAGAAAGUUUGUUACAUUGACCCACUAUUUCCUUCAGCAUGUGCAAUGAGCAUCCAGGGAAGUCCUAUAGUUUGCACUCUGCAAGGUUGCUUUUAAAAAAUGCCCUGUCCUGCAGUAUAGAAGUGAGUGAACCCUUUCAGACUACUUAGCUCGGGGACCACCAAACACCUGCAUACAUCCUCCACACACACUCUUAAUUCUUUGCCUGAAUGAUGCAUACACUAUCUGUCCAUAGUAGAGACCAAUACAUCACUUAGACCCAGUCAGUGUGGCUGCAUCUUUUCCAGCACAACGUUUCUAUACCUUUCGGCUGUUCAACAUCCCCCACAUCACUAUCCACAGAAUGCAUAAUUCCUUUCCUCGGCUCACACCACCAACACUGUCCCUGAACAUAACUACCAUCACCAACUAACCCCCCCCCCCCUCCCCCUCCCCUUUCCUUGUAUGUUUCUCCACCUUUGGCUCCAUAAACAAGGACAUAUGUCCAGUCCUGGGAGUUCAUUUGGGCAACGUUAAGAGAAGAAUGCUACUGCAAACUCCAUGCCUGCCUUGUUGGUUCUUCUAUUUACAGGCUGUUUGUACACUUAUGACUGGAGUGUUCUAUACAGACACGUGUGUUAGUUCCCUCCUCUACACUUAACCCACCCUGUUGUAAAUCCUGUUGAAGUGUUCCUAUAUGCUUGUCUGAGCACAACAGCCGAGCUGGGACAUGUGCUGCUAGUCUGUCUUCACUCUGCUCCACUGUGACAUUAUGGAUGUGACCACCUUAGAACUCACACACAGAUGGCGUUUUACUCAUGUGCUUCAUCAGUACAUUCAUUCAUUCACUCUGAAUAGGUACAGCUCAGCUACCUGGGCUUUUUGAAGGUUGUGUCACGGUCUCGUGUCACCUGUGCAUCACUGGAUUUGUUCUUUGCUUUUUGGUACUAAUCUUUCACACCUACUAAGGCCAUGACUGACAAUACACAUGUGCGGGGUUGCUGUGUAAUUCUCACCGAUACUACCUGCCUUGCUAGAGGCACCUUCAGCGCACCUCCCUUUACUUUCCCCCUUGGCAGCUCCUGUGCCCUGUUUUACUUUCUAUGCAGAGUUGGAUCUGGUGUCAUUUUUGUACUGAGGCAGAUUAAGGGCUUGUGUGCUCUAAGGCAGCAGCUGUCUGUCUGCUGUAGAGGGGCUAUGAGACUUUUAGUCUCUUGUGAGAAGGAAAAAGGCCUUAAUAUAGAAUUUAAAAAGCACCACACUCCACCCUCCACCUCAUGUUCUCAUUCAGCACUGGUCUAUGCUAAAGUUGAUUUUUGGAAUUUUUCAGAAUGGUAGCGGCUGAGUUAUUCGGAGCAGGCCGGACGGGCAAAAUGUUUUUAAGCACAUGACAGAAACCAUUAUACCUAUAAAGGUUCAGCACUCUCUUACCUUGUUUUAAAGUCUCUAGUUGCAUUCAUUAAAUUAUAGACCGCAAACCCGUUUCAUUCAUUUUUAAUAGUGUUUCAAUACGUUGUGUAGGUUAAGAGCAGUCAGGAUCAUAUAAUAUAUAUUUAUAAUAUACAUUACGUACAAUAUGGUCUUGCCAGUCUCUCCAUUUUCGGAUGUUCUCAUGCUUUGGUGGCUGGGCUUUGUUUUAGCUGCACAAAACUCACUACAGCAAUGGUUUCUUUUUUAUUUUAGGUUUUUAAAUAUUUUAAUUGAGCCCCAAGGAUCUUUGUCAGGCACCAAGCGCCAUGUACAUAUGUGAAAAUAAAAGGUGAAAUUUAAACUUAUUAGCACCUUUUUCAUAUUUCAAAUUUAAUUUUUUUUCUGUACCUUUAAGAGAUUAACUUUGAUAUAUUUUGUAAAUGUGUUUUUUUUAAAGAAUACUGUAAAGCUGUUUUUGUAUAAACUCCAAAUUUAUUUUAAUUUUGUUUCCUUUAUCAAGGUAGUUUUUUUUUUUUUUUUUUUUUUUUUGUUUAAGCACCCCUUACUUAUUCAUAGAUGAAGGGGUGUAUUCAAUAGCUGUCGGAAGCUGCCGUCUUGUCGGAAAGAUGGCAGUUUCCGACAAGUUUCGGUCGGAAGGGGUUCCGACCUAUUCAGUGCCGGCUGAUUUUUUUUUUUUCCGACAAGUCGGGAAUUCCCAACUUGUCAGAGAACGCGUGUAUUGUCGGAUUAGCCGCGGAUCCACGUGUUCGCGGCCAAAUCCGACAAGUUUUGGCCCCUGUUCCGACAAUGUCAAUUCGACUUUGUCGGAACUGGGGAGAUGAGAUGGGGGUGUGGGGACAGGUGAGUAGUGGCAGCCUCCCAGCAGCACGGCAGUGGCAGCAGCAGGGACGGACACCGCCGGCUCAGCAGACCCGGCCGCUGGGGGACACAGCAGCGGCGUCUCUGCCUCACCACGUACUAACAGUUGUCGGGAGCGGCCAAAUCAGACAGUUGGAUUUGGCCGCCCCAUUGAAUACUGACCUGUCUGGUCCUUUGACAGGUAUUGAAUACACCCCGAAAUCAUCAAUCACCUUUAAAAUGUAUUCACAGGAUAUGAAGCAGGCUUCAGUAAGAGUCGCAUUAGUUAUAAUAGAAGAGCGGUUCCAAAAUAUUUUGGCUGUACAAUAUCACUAAUGAGAUUAAGGUAGGGUAGGUAAUCACUGGGCAAAUGUGUGUAGCCCUAGCUAUGAACUUAAGGGUAUAUUAGACGCACAACAAGGGCAGCAAUUAAAUUCUCAAACCAUUGGUCAUCCAGUGCUUUUGUGUACCUAGGAAGCGCAAACACCAUUAAAAAUGUUAGUUAUUGCCAGCAGAAAGUAGUGGUGGUAAAGAAAGGCCCUUUGUUCGUGUGAAAAUAAGGAACAUUUCUAAGCUGUUUUCAUCCAUUAUAAUGUAGCUCUUUUAAGUAUCUCAAAUGUAACAUUUUGUUUGUGUGUUGCACUCGACGUAUGGUUGCAUCUGUCACUGUACAUACAGAAAGUCUAGAUCCACCCAUGAUCCUGUGCUUCACAAAAGGUCCCAGCUUUGCUCACAAACCAAGGCAGUUACAGCAAGCAAAGGCAGCACAACAUUACUAAAAAUGGAAAGUCUUCUGUGAAGUUCUAAAGGACCCCAUUGCCUGUCUACUGUGUGACAAAGAGCCAAUGGAUAAUUCAGUGGGUCAUUCUCAGCGGUAACGCAAAUAGUUUGUUUCUUCUGAGCAUUAAUCUUGCCCUGUGCUCAGUUGCAGCCUGGGCACGCUGCAGGCUAGAAGAUAUUUGAUAAAACACAACUGUGAGAAGAUUGUGGUAAAAUAGAUAAGUUUUACGUUUGCUGGACUGCAAUAUAUUGUUGGUCUGGCAACUAAAGUGGUUAAUAACAAAUGUAUUCUAUGUAGUAGCUAUCAAUUUGACCGUUUUAUGUAACAAAAUCUGAAAUCCCAAAUGCAUAAAUCUUCUAAUCAUUAUCUUAAACCACAACUUGUCCUUCUGAAGUCUGCAAUGCUUUGUACUAAGGGGCUGAUAUGUAAUCUUGUUUCUCCUGAGUAAUACAGGCUGCGGCACAAUCCAUUCUGUCCCCCACGUUUCCUUUUUAUAUGCGUGUUGCGAUAAAGGGUUAUCAUUAGGAUAAGAUUUUCAAUAUAGCCACCAUAUUUGCUGCAUCUCUGACCAUGGAGAGCGGGCAACAUCCCACAUCCUGAAAUAUCUUUGCUGUCACCUCCUGUACCCCUUUCAGCUUUGCAAUGUCACCAGUUACAGAUUAGGACGCAGUUUAAAAAAUGGUAGGAAAAACACUUUUAUAUAUAUAUAUAUGAUAGAUUUUAUUUUUUGUUUUUACGUUUACUUUUUGAACUGUGCCUUUUAGACCCUGAAUUCUCGGACGGAGCUUCUGGCUCCAACCUGCUAUGCACGCCAUUUCAUGUCCGAGGCCCCUCAGCCAGGACGCUUGACUCAUAUCGCCUGGUGCGGGAGGCGGGGUUUGACUCCAUCACUUUUAGGGAAGAGAUUUCCGUGCACAUAUUCAGUUUUCAGUGUAAACUGCAUACUCAGAUAACACUACUGUUCUCUCAUCAUUCCUCAGGCACUCUGUAUUUUAUUUCUAUUUUAUUUUUCUUCAUGCUUCACUUGAGACUUAUUACUUAUUUUCUUUGUUUCCUGUUUGAAUACAUUUUACCUACAGCUCUGCAGUUUAAACUUCACCCCAUGUCCAUGUUUAAUGCCUGGAACUCCAGUUACCUGGAGCUAUGUUGGAAUCCUGAUAUAUUGUUAAAUAAAGUUUUUUUCCUAUGGAAA